UGCUCAUCUCCUCUUUCUCUCUCAAAGAAGAAGACGAAGCCCAACAAAUUAAACAAGAAAUUUUCCAUUUUUCCUCCAUUGAUUUGGGGACAGAACAAACAUUUAAAGCCUCUCUUAAUCAAAGUUUCUUCCUUUAUAGAUCUGAAAAAUUCGAUUUUUUUUUCUCGAUUCAUCCGCCAUUAAGGUUUGAUUGCGAGAUCGGAGAGUUAAGGAGAAAAAUGACGCAUAGAGUAGAUCAAGAAUAUGAUUAUUUGUUUAAGAUUGUGCUGAUUGGUGAUUCUGGUGUUGGGAAAUCGAAUAUCUUGUCGAGAUUCACCAGGAAUGAGUUUUGCUUGGAAUCUAAAUCCACUAUUGGUGUUGAAUUCGCUACCAGAACUACUCAGGUUGAAGGAAAGACAAUUAAGGCCCAGAUCUGGGACACUGCAGGUCAGGAGCGGUACAGGGCAAUCACCAGUGCUUAUUACAGAGGUGCAGUGGGUGCACUUCUUGUCUAUGACAUCACCAAGAGACAGACGUUUGACAAUGUUUUAAGGUGGCUUCGCGAACUGAGAGACCAUGCAGAUUCCAACAUUGUGAUCAUGAUGGCUGGGAACAAAUCCGAUCUGAACCACUUGAGAUCCGUCGCUGAGGAAGAUGGUCAAAGUUUGGCUGAGAAGGAAGGUCUCUCUUUCCUGGAGACAUCUGCUCUUGAAGCAACAAACGUUGAGAAAGCUUUUCAGACCAUCUUAGGAGAGAUCUACCAUAUCAUAAGCAAAAAGGCACUGGCUGCACAAGAAGCAGCAGCAGCUAAUUCCGCAAUUCCUGGCCAAGGAACUACGAUUAACGUUGAUGACACAUCUGGAGGCGCGAAAAGGACAUGUUGCUCUUCUUAAACUAAAGGUAAACUGUUUAUGUCGUUUGUUCCUUCUUCAAAGAUUCAAACUUUUGUUUUCACUGGCUUCUCUUCUUUUCAAGUUUUGGCUGAUGGAACGUAACUAUGCAAGACUAUGUAGAAUACUCUGUUUUUUAUGCUCUUCGGUUGGGGUUUGUGUUCAGUUUAAAGCUUGUUAGUAGUAUACUUAGAAUCUUCUGGUGCUUGCUUUCUCUUCUUCUUCCCGUUGGUGUGUUCUCUUCAUUUCUGGUUUAUAAAGUAUUUUCACAUCU